AUGGCAAUUGCAUAUUAUAUUCCCGAUCAAGCUAAAUUGGCGGAAAAGCAUAAACCAAAAGUUAUUAAAAAAGUCAAAAUUCCAUUAAAUGACUAUACAUUGGGAAAUAAUUCCUGCUGGGAGUUGAUGGCUCAAGUUUUUUGUUACGCCCUCCGAUAUCAUUAUCUUACCGCCGGAAAUGGAGUUCUUCAAAUAUCGGUGGAGUUUACACAGCAGCAGCAACCUGCCAAUACUUCUUCGGAGUCAAUGAUGACGGAUAACCAUCAUCAUGAUGAUGGUAGUACAAAUUAGACAGGAAGGAUCCUGGCCUCCCAUAUUGCGAAUAUGGGAGCUCAUUCAAAGCGUAUUGUGAUUCCAAAAUAUAACUAAGUGGUUUUCAACCGAUAUGACAAUGUGGUAUGAGCAGCAGAAAUGGUGAUAAACUCCGACCGACGGCGACGGGAUUUUCAACUUUUCUAACUUCUACACUUUUCUACAAAAAAAUGGAAAAAAAAAAUAUCUCAACUAAUA